AUGAGUAUUUUCUAUCAAUAUCACUUAAGUGUUUUAAAAGGAACAAAUCCAGAAGCCAAAAAUAAAAAAGAAACUGAUAAAAUUGAAAGUAUUACAAAAAAUUUCAUUCUUGGAACUGUUGAUGGAAAACAAGUAUUACAAAAAAAUGUUGCAGGUACAUUUAGAAUUGUUCCAAAAGAGUCUGAGAAAAAUGCAAUUUUAAGAGGUAACCAUAUUGUAGGUGGUGAACAUUUAAGUAAAACUAGACUCGUCGAUAGUUUAAAGGGUCACUUUUGGGCAUCAAAAAUUCAAGAUGUUGAAGCUUUUUUAGGUAAAUGUUCAGAAUGUUCAUCAAUUUAUCCACUUAAAGAUAAAAAAGAAGAUGAUGAAGAUAAAGAAGAAAAGAAAGAGAAAAAAGAUAAAAAAGAAAAGAAGGAUGAUAAAGAAGAUAAAGAGGAUAAAGAAGAGAAAAAAGAUAAAGACGAGAAAAAAAAGAAAUCAUCAAAGAAAUCAAAAGAACCAAGUGAUAAUGAAACUGAAGAGGAAGAAGAAGAAGAAGAAGAGGAACCAGAAAAAAAACCAACUAAAAGCAGAUCAAGAUCAUCUUUAGCCGCUGCAACAAAAACUGUAGCUAAAACACCAACUAGAUCAAAAUCAUCACUUAAAGAAAAUGAAACUAAAGAAAAAGAAACCAAAGAAACCAAAGAAAAAGAAGCUAAAGAAAAAGAAGCUAAAGAAAAAGAAGCUAAAGAAAAAGAAACCAAAGAAAAUGAAACAAAAGAAAAACCAAAAGGUAAAGGAAAAGAAACAAAAGAAAAAGAAAAAGAAAAAGAAAAAGAAAAAGAAAAAGAAAAAGAAAAAGAAAAAGAAAAAGAAAAGGAAAAGGAAAAGGAAAAGGAAAAAGAAAAAGAAAAAGAAAAAGAAAAGGAAAAGGAAAAAGAAAAGGAAAAAGAAAAAGAAAAACUAAAGGAAAAAGAAAAAGAAAAAGAAAAAGAAGCAUCAGAGGGAUCAGAUUCAGAUUCAGAAACUAAAGAAUCUGGUAAAAAGAGAAAAUCACCAUCAACAACAGCAUCAAAAAAGAAAGCAAAGGUCACAGCCUCUCGUUCAAAUGUUACUAAUAACACCAAAGAAGAGAGUGGUUCUUCAAAUGAUACUGAUGCUUCCUCAGCAUCCGAUAGUACUGCUCCAGAAGCAUCCACUACCACCACCACUACCGAACCAAAGAAAUCAAUUCCAAUGCCAUCAAAAUCUGCUGUCAAAUCAUCAGCAAAGGUUCAACCAGAACAAAAAUUCGGUGAUGUUUCAAUCACUGAAUUAAAAUCUGCCUUAGCUGUCAUCACAAAAGUUAUCGAAGCCAUGGAAAAGAAAUAA